AUGUCCACUGACCCUACGGAGGCGCAAUUCGUGAAGAUGCUCACCUUCAUGAAGCAGCCCAAGCAGGUGCUGGAGAUUGGCAUGUUCACCGGGUACGGCGCCAUGGCUAUCGCAGAGGCCCUGCCUGCAGAUGGCAAGAUCACAUCUCUGGACAUCGACCCCUACCUGAAGACCUGGGUCGAAGAUGUCUCGAAAGACUUUCCGGAGGGUGCUAAGCACGAGAUCGUGGUGGGCCCGGCUCUGGACUCGCUCCAGACCAUCGAAGGGAAGUAUGACCUGGUAUUCAUCGACGCUAACAAGGCUGAGUACAAGGCCUAUGUGGAGACCCUCAUGGAGCGCGACCUUCUGGCUAAGGAUGUGAUGAUCAUUGCGGACAACACGCUCUACGUCGGCUACCCGAUGCUGUCCGAGACCUAUGACACCCAGCCUGCUCGCCGAGGCUUCGGAGAUGCGGUUCGCGAGUUCAACGCCUGGGUCCGGGACCACCCCAAGCUGGAGCAG